GAUAUACUUUACCAAAAUCUACAUAGUUCCAUUAACGUUUUGCCAAAAGUGAAAUAAAAACAAAGCAAGAAAGCAAUAGAAAUGGCUACAAGAACACGUACUGGAGGAUCAAACACUAUUCAGUAUGAGGAUUUUAAGCCCAAAUCUGAAAUGAAAGAAGAAGCAGCAGCUCAUGUACUGCUUGUACAUCUUCCGGCUGCUUUUCAGAGGGAGCAAGUGAAGAUAACUUAUGAGCGUUCGACCCGUUUGAUUAGAGUAGUUGGUGAGCGACCGAUCGGUGGAAACAAAUGGAGUCGAAUCAACGAAGCAUUUCCCGUUCCUCAAAACUGUGAUGUGCAGAAAAUUCAGGCCAAGUUCGAAAAUAGAGUUUUUACAAUUACAAUGCCAAAACUCGCCAUCACGCAACCUCAGAAACCUGCUUUUACAAGCACUGGAGAAGAACCAAAGCAGAAGAAAGCGACUUCUCAAAUGCCUCAGGAAGCCAAAACUGAUGAGAAGAUGCAAAAGGGUAUGGAAGGCACUGAGACCCAAAAACAAACAGUUGGAAAGCAAGUGGAAACAGCUGUUAGCCCUGGAGAAGCCGCGAAAGAUAUUCCAAAGUCGAAAACUCAAGAUGAAAACACCGAAACCCAUAAACAAACAGUUGGAAAGCAAGUGGAAUCAGCCGUUAUCCCUGGAGAAACCGUGAAAGAUAUUCCAAAGUCGAAAACUGAAGAUGGAGACACUGAGACCCAUAAACAAACAGUUGGAAAGCAAGUGGAAUCAGCUGUUAGCCCUGGAGAAGCCGCGAAAGAUAUUCCAAAGUCGAAAACUCAAGAUGAAAACACUGAAACCCAUAAACAAACAGUUGGAAAGCAAGUGGAAUCAGCCGUUAUCCCUGGAGAAACCGUGAAAGAUAUUCCAAAGUCGGAAACUGAAGAUGGAGAUACUGAGACCCAUAAACAAACAGUUGGAAAGCAAGUGGAAUCAGCUGUUAGCCCUGGAGAAGCCGUGAAAGAUAUUCCAAAGUCAAAAACUCGAGAUGAAGCCACUUCAAAAGAAGAAAAGCAUACUGAAAAUAGGGAAGGAUAUGAGAAGACAAUGGAGACAAAACAAGAGGAGACUGACAAGAAAAGAAAAGGAAACUUGUUAGCUGAUGAAAGUGUGGAAAGAAGCAAGAAAAGAAAAGAAGCAGCGGUGAGGAGUUCAGAGAAGGAGAAAGGAGGUAAGCUUGAAUUCAUUGCUGAGAAAGUGAAGGAAGUGAAGAAUGUGGCUGCUGCUGCAAAGAAGAGUGUGAUGGAGCUGAGCGAAGAGAGGCAGUCUCUGGUAAAGAUAGGUGUGGCAGUUUUAGCGAUUGCAGCGCUUGGAGCUUACAUCUCUUACACCUAUCGCCAUCGAUCAUCUGGAAAUUCCAAGGACUAGUUUAAUCUUCUACGACAUUACUGAUGAUAUAUUGUCAAACAUUUGUUCAAGUUGCCAUUGAAUUGCUUUUAAUUUUUAAUAAUAACAUACAUAUACCCUUUUCAAUUAAAUAUGCUAUUAAUCAAUAGAAUAAUAUUGAUCUCAAAGCGCGAGGGCGAAUUUUAAAUUUUGCUUA